AUGCAAGUUCAUAUUCAUAAUGGUCAAGUGUGUACUUUGAUUGCCUUAUUAUCAUGCUGGUCAAUAUCGCUUUUUGUGUCAAUAAUUGGAAUUCCUUAUAACUGUGUCAAUAUUUACAACUUCGAUAUUUUAACAUGGGACAGUUUGGAUCCAUGUUCGGACAUAUUGGCAGACGCUGUGAUGUACUUUAUAAUGGUUCUUGCAGCCAUUACAAACACUAUGAAUAUAAUAAUUGGCAUCAAAUUGUUGUUCGCGCAAGAAAUUCUCGGAAUCGCGAGCACCGAAUCGAAGAGGCGAAAAAGGAAGACGCGCGAGAUGUUCAUUCAGAAUUGUUUUCAAGAUUGCGUCUACUUGAUCGACACACUGAAUAGCAUGUUCGUCUACACCUGGUCCGGCAAUAUUCUAUAUCAAUUUAUGUUCACAAUAUUCUCCAAUUUAUUUGUGCAUGUCGCCGAUGGGUGUAUUAUGUUGUAUUUCAAUCAUGACAAAGUGCAAAAGCCGCAAACGAUUAAAAUCACUUCACAUCUCACUCAAGUUGUCAAAGUCUCUUCGGUGUAUUGA